CAGCCCAGCAGCAGCUCAGCCCUAGACUGUACAGAAGCCAAGUUGAAGGCUGGGCUCUGAUAACACAAAGCUAUGGUUAAAAUCAAAUGAUAGUUCCGGGUGAAUGUGCUCGUCUGGAUCACAGACAGAAGAGAGAGGGAAAUAGGGCAAGCCGUCCCAAACCAUCAGCCAUGGCCGUCCUGGGCCGAGUGUCUGGGCUGCUCCUGGGGCUGUACGGUAUCCUGCUCCUCGGUCCCGUCGCUGCUGCCCAGAGCGAGGAGCGCGAGUGUGCCUUCAACGACCAACAGCAGCAGUAUGAGGAGCAGCGUGUGGGCGGAGGAGGAGGAGGUGUAGGAGGAGGAGCAGGAGGAGACUGGCCAAUGACCAGAGAGAAUAGUACCAUACGCUGCAGUAAGGGCUCUCGAUGUUAUGGCCUGUGGGAGAAGACUAGAGACGGGAACAUACACCUGGUCAAACAGGGAUGCUGGACUCACAUCGGGGACCAGCAGGAGUGCCAUGACAACCGUUGCGUGGUUACGACCACUCCGUCUCAGAUUCAGAACGGGACGUACAGGUUCUGCUGCUGCAGCACCGACAUGUGUAACGUCAACUUCACCGAGGACUUCCCCCGCCCAGCCCCACCUCUGCUCAACCCGCGGCCACUGUACCGCGAGGAGACCAUCGUGAUCGCCCUGGCGUCUGUCUCCAUAGUAGCGGUGCUGAUCGUGGCGCUGUUCUUCGGGUACCGCAUGUUGAGUGGAGACAGGAAACAGGGACUACACAACAUGGACAUGAUGGAGGCUGCAGCCUCAGAACCCAGCCUCGACCUGGACAGCCUUAAACUACUAGAGUUGAUUGGUCGAGGGCGGUAUGGCUCCGUGUAUAAGGGUUCUCUGGACGAGCGUACCGUAGCGGUCAAGAUGUUCACCUACCAGAACCGGCAGAACUUUGUCAACGAGCGAGCCAUCUACCGUGUCCCCCUGCUGGAGCACGAUAACAUCGCACGCUUCAUCGUCGGAGACGAGAGACUUACAGCCGACGGACGCAUGGAGUACCUACUGGUCAUGGAGUACUACCCUCAUGGUUCUCUGUGUCAGUACCUGAGUCUGCAGACGGGAGACUGGGUCAGCUGUUGCCGCCUCACACACUCUGUCACACGGGGGCUGGCCUACCUUCACACUGAGCUGCUGAGAGGAGACAUCUACAAGCCAGCCGUAUCUCACAGAGACCUGAACAGCAGGAAUGUUCUAGUAAAGAACGAUGGGACGUGUGUGAUCAGUGACUUUGGUCUGUCCAUGAAGCUGACAGGGAACAGACUGGUCAGGCCUGGAGAGGAGGAGAACGCUGCCAUCAGUGAGGUGGGUACAGUCCGCUACAUGGCCCCAGAGGUUCUGGAAGGGGCGGUGAACCUGAGGGACUGCGAGUCGGCUCUGAAGCAGGUGGACAUGUACGCCCUGGGUCUGAUCUACUGGGAGACCUUCAUGAGGUGUACUGACCUCUUCCCAGGGGAGGCGGUGCCUGACUACCAGAUGGCGUUCCAGGCAGAGGCAGGAAACCACCCUUCCUUUGAGGACAUGCAGGUGCUGGUCUCCAGAGAGAAAGAGAGACCCAAGUUCCCCGAGGCCUGGAAAGAGAACAGUCUGGCGGUUCGUUCCCUGAAGGAGACCAUGGAGGACUGUUGGGACCAGGAUGCUGAGGCCAGGCUGACGGCUCAGUGUUCAGAGGAGCGAAUGGCUGAACUCCUGCUGAUCUGGGACCGGACCAAGUCCGUCAGCCCCACGGUUAACCCCAUGACCACCACACUGCAGAACGAGAGGAACCUGUCCCACAGCCGUAGGGGUCCUAAAGUCAGCCCCUACCCAGACUACUCCUCCUCCUCCUACAUCGAGGACCACGAGGGUCACGUGGUGAAGAAUCUUCCCGGUGGGGACACCUCUGUAUCGGGGACCUCUUCCGUCGGCGUCCCUGGUGGAACCAGCAGUGCCCCCGCAGGCCCGGAGAAGAACCGAAACUCCAUCAACGCCGAGCGUCAACAGGCGCAAGCCCGUCUGCCCAGCCCGGAGAGCAGCGGCGCCAGCCUCUCCACCACCACGGGGCUGACACCCAACACCGUCAUGACCACCAUCUCUGAGUCGGGUCAAGGGGAGGACUCAUCCGGUCCACUUGGUGGCGCUGUGCUGGGGCUGGCGGUGCCGGUGUGUCUGCAGCUGACCCAGGAAGACUUGGAGACCACCAAACUGGACCCUAAAGAGGUAGACAAGAACCUGAAGGAGUCUUCUGAUGAGAACCUUAUGGAGCACAGCCAGAAACAGUUCUCUGCUCCAGACACCCUCAGCUGUAGGUCUUCCUCCCUGCUCUACCCUCUCAUCAAGCUGGCUGAGGAGGUGACUGGGACCGGAGCCGGGGCCCAGGGAGGGUCUGGGAACGGGGCCAGUGGGAUGGGGGACCCUCCAGCUACUAUGUUCCCCCUGCCCAAACAGCAGAACCUCCCCAAGAGACCCACCAGCCUACCGCUCAACACCAAGGUCAAGGAAGGUUCUGGUUCCUCCAGGUUGAAGUCUGGGAAACACCGGUCCAAUCUGAAGCAGGUCGAGACGGGCGUGGCCAAGAUGAACACGGUCGCUCCAGCGGCAGAACCACGCCUUGUUAACGUUACCAACAACGGGCCGCCAACAGCCGUAGGGAAAGGGGUGCGGAGCGGCGUGAGCGUCGUGGUCGUCAACGGUUACCUGAACGGAGGCUUGGCCUCUUCAUCUGGAGGCGGGGCUCCUUACGGGACUACCAAUCCGGCGGGCCCCCAGGGGGAGUUGGGCGGAGCGACACCCUUGUUGUUACAGAGCCAGCUCAGCGGAGACGACAGUAGACUCAACAUCAACUGUAGUCCUGAUGAACAUGAACCUUUACUAAGGAGAGAACAGCCCACCGCAUGUGACCAGAAACCAACCAAUCACCUGGCGGGACGCACCAACACUAACCACAACAACAACAACCGUCUGGUGAUCACAUGUCCGUCUGUAGAGGGACAGCCUGAACCCCUCACCUUUGUCCCCAUACCUAGACCUGUCUCUGUACCCAAACCCAUCUCCGUACCGAUCACAGCCCCUCUCACUGCCCCUCUCACUGCCCCUCUCACAGCCCAACUACCAGUCUCAGUCCCUGUCUCAGUCCCAGUCUCAGUCCCAGUCCCUGUCUCAGUCCCAGUCUCAGCCCCAGUCCCUGUCUCAGUCCCAGUCUCAGCCCCAGUCCCUGUCCCAGUCCCAGUCUCAGUCCCUGUCUCAGUCCCUGUCUCAGCCCCAGUCCCUGUCCCAGCCGCCCCAGCCCCAGUCUCAACCCCGGUCCCAGCCCCAGUCCCAGUCUCAACCCCAGUCCCAGCCCCAGUCUCAGCCCCAGUCCCAGCCUCAGCCCCAGUCCCAGCCUCAGCCCCAGCGGCCCUCAGACAGCCCAAACCCAGACGACCUGAGAGACCCUGCUCCCUGGACCUGUCUGCCUCCUCAAACAACAGCUCUUCAGGUGACGGUUCGUCGCUGGACGGCCAGGGAGGUUCAGGUGAGAAGAUCAAGCGUCGUGUCAAGACUCCGUACUCCCUGAAGAGGUGGCGCCCUUCCACCUGGGUGGUCUCCACGGAUACGCAGGUUGGAGAGGUAAACAACAAUGGAUCCUGUCGCUCCAAGUCCUCCACUGCCGUCUACCUGGUAGAGGGUGGGACUACUACAGCUACCGUCGCCAUGCCCACUGACCCCUGUGACCUGGCAUGA